GUGCCGUGCAGGCUGUGGUUGACGGGCUAAUGAAGGGGUGGCCGUGCCGGGACGCACCUGUCCUCCCCUCCUUCUCCCUGUGCCAUGUAGAUGUGGUCAAUGGGCUGAUGGGCAUGGCUGUGGGACCCCAUCAUUCCCCCGCCCCUCAUAACUCUGCUCUCCCAGCUCGACUGCUCACUUCAGACUUCCCUUAUGGAAGGAGUUGCCAGAUAGAGCAAGCAAAAUACAGUGUGCCAGACACAGGUUUAUUUUAACACUGGGAAGGCUCCAUUCCUACUUAAACCCAGCAGGGAACAGGGAGCGGUGUGCAGAGGAGGUGGCCUGCCCGCGAAGCCGGCCUUAGUGCUGGGACUGCAGGGAGAGGGCUGUGAGGAAGAGCACAGGCUUCAUGCACAUUGCACAGAGGAGGAGAUUCAUGGGGACAGCAGGCACGGUUAGCCACAGCGGGAAGGUUAUCGAAGACAAAACAGAUUUCUACCCAAGUUCAAAUGACCCGCUAUGCCCACAGAGCUUGAUCCAGAAGCGCACAGGUAAGCAUUUAGCAGGCUGGCCGAUGUUGAUUUGAACAAUCUCAAGAAUGUGCUCUUUAGUGCGUUAAACAUAUGUGAUGAGAGCUGAGCACAUUUAAAAUCUCAAUAACUUUGGGGUUUGUAAGUUUUGUAGCUCAUAGUGUCAGUUAAGGUUAGGCAUCCCAAUCACAUGCUGUCUUGGC